AUGUCUUACCCUGUGCAAAAAUCCGAGGAAGAAUGGCGAGCUGUUCUCUCUAAAGAACAAUUCCGAGUCCCCCGCAAGCAAGGCACUGAAGCUCCCCAUGUUGGCAAAUACGACAAACACAUGCCCGACUCUGGCGUCUACACAUGCGCUGGCUGCGACGCCCCUCUAUACAAAGCCUCCCAUAAGUUCAAAUCUGGAUGUGGAUGGCCCGCCUAUUUCGAUAACAUUCCUGGCGCCGUAACAAGACACACGGAUAAUACUUUGGGCAUGCAACGAACCGAAAUCGUUUGUUCGAAUUGUGGAGGCCAUUUGGGACAUGUGUUUAAGGGCGAAGGAUUCAAUACGCCUACGGAUGAAAGACACUGUGUCAAUAGUGUGAGCAUGAAGUUUGCAUCGGGAAAUGAGAUCGUAGAUGAUUCGAAGAAGAAUGGAGAAAGUAAGGCUUGA